AUGCCUCCUUACAACCAGCCACCUCCAUACGGAUAUCCUCCUUACCCAUAUCCUCAGCCACAAGCUUACGGACAGCAGCCACCACCUCCACCUCAGGGAUACGGCCAACAACCACCACAAAACCACUACGGAGCACCUCCUGCUUAUCCACCACCAGCAUACGGACAACCACCUCCACCACCUCCUCCUCAGGGAUACGGACAGCAGCCUCCUCCUUCAUACAUGCCACCUCCACAGGCAGUUCCACCUGCUCCACAGCCACAGCAGCAAACUCCUCCACCUCCUCCACCAGCACCACCACAGCCAGCAGCUCCUCAGCCACCGAGUGAGCCAACUUCAAAUAGAAGAACUCUCCAAGAACUCCAAAUGCUUUUAUCUGGAAAAUAA